AAGUAGUUCAAUCUAAUGAGAAGCAUACUCAUUAUACCCAUUCACUAUGACCAUCUAAUUAGGCUUUGAAUUAUCCUGUUUUAACAUCCUGUAAUCUUAUUUGACUUAUCAUAACUGCCAGACGCUAAAGUAGUUCCAUCGCGUGAGAAGCAUACUGAUUGUACAUAACUAUUAUGACCGUCUUAUUUGGCUUUUUAUUACUAAAAUUGAUGCUUUGUACAACAAGUCAUUCAUAAUACACUCUUGGUAUGUCUUAAUAAUGAAAUUAUUACAAUUUUAUUAUUAUUUUGGAUUGAAUAUUGUUUUUAUUGCAAUCUAUAAUUCACAUAAAGAGUUACUUCAAUGUAUAAUCGAGAAUCCUCAUUAAGAAAUAAUUUGA